UGUCCACCGACUUCUUGGGUUUACAGUGGUAAAAUAAACAGAAAUCGUCUCACAUCAUCUCUGGUUGGGUGUUUUGGCCCGUUCAUCUGCUGGACUGUAGCCUACAUAACUCCUGUUUGCUCCUUACAGUAUCGCAGCCCUGCAAAACGUCAUGACGUCACUGCGGUGUCAUUUUUAUUUAUACGAGACUCCAGCUGUUACAUUGACUCGGCAAACAGAGGCGAUGUGUUUGUCCGUGGGUGUGUGUCAUCGCCACGUGAUCCAGCUCGCCAAUGUCCUUCUACAACCCACUCAGCAUCAUGGCUGCGGAUGCUGCGGAUGCUCUCCUCCCGCACCGCAUCCCUGGACCAUGCCUCCUGCCCCUGCUCCUCCUGAUCGCCUCCGCUCUCCCCACACCGAGCCACGGGCUGCUGGGCUUCCGACCGGAGGACACGGGAGGAGAUCUGUCCGUGCAGGACGGGGUGUUGAAGGCCACCGAAGGGACGCGGUUCAUGUUACGCGUGUACUAUGCAGCAUCCCCGCAGAGGUUCAACCGGACCGUCAGCAGCGCUGGCGGCACAGCCGCGCCGUGGAUCGCUUUCAUAGAAGAACCGGAGCCAGGCAGAGAGGGGCAGGUGCAUCCCAAACACAACUUGUGCGUGGAGGAGAGCGCCAGGAGCUCGGAUAUAGAGCUCCUCGGAUCUUUCAAGUCUGCCUCCAGCCAGAACUCCAUCCUGGUGGAGCUGCUCGCCAAAGACCUGCGGAGAGGAGAGAACAUCAAGUUUUACUCCAUGUGCGCCUUUGACGGGAUCAAAUGGGAGCACUACCGGACGCGCGACUUCUGGCUGGCGGUGGUGGAGCGGCAGCCGCAUGCGGACGGGUGGCUACAAGCGGGUCUUUCUGUGCUGCUUCUGGCGCUUUCCGCGCUCUUCAGCGGGCUGGUGAUCAGCAUGCUCGCGCUGGACCCCGUGGAGCUCAAAGUGCUGCAGAACAGCGGCACGCACAAGGAGCAAAAGUACGCGCACAAGAUUGAGUCGGUGCGCAAACACGGCAACUACGUCCUGUGCACCUUGGUGCUGUGCAACGUGCUCACCAACACUUUCCUGGUGGUCUGGAUGUGCCAGAUCCUCGGAGUGACGCCCGUCUCUACUGCGGCGUGCACUUUUCUCAUCUUCUUCAUCGGAGAGAUCCUGCCGCACUCCGUUGCGUCCAGGCACGGGCUGGCUAUCGCGUCCAAGACCGUGUGGCUGACCAAGAUGCUGAUGCUGCUGACUUUCCCCAUCUCAUAUCCCAUCAGCAAACUCCUAGACAAUAUGCUACACCAGGAAAUCAGCAACUUCUACACUCGUGAAAAGUUACUGGCUAUGCUGAGAGUUUCCGACCCGUAUCAUGACCUGGUGAAAGAAGAGUUGAACAUCAUCCAGGGAGCUCUGGAACUCAGGAGCAAAACGGUGGAAGAUGUGCUGACCCCUCUCAAUGACUGCUUCAUGCUGGCCUCGGAUGCCAUCCUUGACUUCUGCACCAUGUCAGACGUGAUGCAGAGCGGAUACACUCGCAUUCCUGUGUUUGAGAACGAACGGUCUAAUAUUGUUGAUAUACUGUUCGUCAAAGAUCUGGCCUUUGUUGAUCCAGAUGACAGCACCCCGUUAAAAACCAUCACUCAGUUCUACAAGCACCCGCUGCACUGUGUCUUUACCGACACCAAACUGGAUGCAAUGUUGGAGCAAUUCAAGAAAGGGAAAUCUCAUUUGGCCAUCGUACAGAGGGUCAAUAACGAAGGAGAAGGAGAUCCUUUCUAUGAAGUCAUGGGCAUCGUCACUCUAGAAGACGUCAUCGAGGAAAUCAUCAAGUCUGAGAUUGUGGACGAAACGGACCUCUACACUGAUAACCGUACGAAGAGGAGAGUGUCUCACCAUGAGAGGAAACAGCAAGAUUUCUCCAUAUUUAAACUGUCAGAGAGUGAAAUGAAGGUCAAAGUUUCACCACAGCUUCUGCUCGCAACACAUCGCUUUCUAGCAACAGAAGUAGAACCCUUUAAGUCGACGCAUUUGUCAGAGAAGAUCCUCCUGCGGUUGAUAAAGCACCCAAGCGUGGUGCAGGAACUCAAGUUUGAUGAGAAAAACAAGCGAUCACCAAAGCACUACCUCUUCCAGCGCAACAAGCCUGUGGAUUAUUUCGUCCUCAUAUUGCAGGGUCGAGUGGAGGUAGAGAUCGGUAAAGAGGGACUAAAGUUUGAAAAUGGGCCAUUUACAUACUACGGCUUACCUGCUAUCAUGACCAUCCUACCCACAGUCCACCGAUCACCGUCCCGGAGCAGCGGUCUCAAUCAUUCGGAUACUACAAUCCACGGAGGCAGUCUGGGUCAACUGAGCAUCAGCGGAGGACCGUAUUUACCAGACUACUCAGUUCGCCAGCUCACAGACCUACAGAUCAUUAAGAUCACUCGUAACCAUUAUCAGAACGCCCUGACAGCUACACGCAUGGACACCUCUCCGCAAACACCCGACGCAGAGAGUCAAGCGCCCGGGGAUAGAAUGACAAUCCCUGAGACGCGUUCCAACAGCAUUGCCCUUCCUCUGACAGAACCACGGCCCUGUCUGACCCGAUUCCACCAGCACAGCCACCUCUACAGACAGCCAGACAGCACCAGCACCCUUAAUGAGAGGAACCGCAUUGUCCGAAGUAAGUCAGAUGGACAGAAGAGCCCCAGUGACUCUGUGUUCCUGCGUAUGGAUGACACCCCAUAUAUAAGAGACAAUCGUGUGGAGAGAAAAGAAGGAACUGAUGCGACGGCCGUACCCAUGGAGACGGGCCUGUCUACAUCCCAGCUCAUCAGCUCUCACUCUCUGGGUGGCUCGGAUGAGAACCUGGGGAAAAAACUGCUCCGGAAACUCAGUGUGUAUCAGCUGCCAAGCACCUGACUGAAUCGCAAAUUUGUGAAUCUGCCCAGUAAUGACACGGCACCUGCAUUUACAGCUGCACACACACACACACACACACCUGCUUUUAGUCUGCAUUUUCAAACGCCAUCUGUUUCCUAGCAACCAGCCAGACAAACUGCAGCCCACACUUCUGUUUAAUAAAAAAAGACAGCUCACUCAGAACAAUGUGAUUUACGCAAGUAGGACAUAUUUCUGGAUCCGCAG